AUGCCUCUGACAACACCGGUUUUGACGGUGGACGCGGACAAUAUCCACAAGGUCGAUACCGCUAACGCUCAGUCCCUCCAUGGAAUGUGGAUGGUCUUUUCAAAAUGUGCCGAUUACAUGGAUCAAGGUCGGCGUCUGGAAAAUCUGAGCUGGCGAUUGUGGACACGGGAAACCUUCUGCGUCGAACCAGAGAAGUCGAACGAGGCUUGCCUUCUGCCUAAGCUGCGUAGCGAGGCGGCUGAUCUUCCGGAGCUCUCCGCCAGCGUGGAAUCGGCUGCUUCCGACCAAGCUGAGCGUAUUGAAGCUCACAUCAAGCGCCCUCAGUUCUCUGACUACCGCCCUGCCGUUGUUCGAGAGGACUCCCUGGCCAGCCUGGGUCGUGGCAAAGAGAAACACAUUACCUCGCUCGAUCUUGAGCGCAUGGUUUUGAACAUUAAGGAACGAAAGCAGUUGCAACCUUUGACACCCGAGGUUCGACCUGCUGCUCCAGUUGUCGACAUCACUCCUCAGCCCUCCACACCUACACCGACACCCCAAUCCUUGGCUGUCCGACACGCACCAGCCUUUUCCCGCCCUAGCCCUCAAGCCCGCGCCUCCACCGAGUCCUGUUCAACCACCGCCCCCGAAGGCAAUGAUAGCGACUCCGCUCAAGCUGCGGCCUCCGACACGAGUGUUUCCUCCUCGGGGGUUCUUGCUCACCGUUCCGACCUGAUCAAGUCACCCAGCCGAGUCCGUGGAUUCUCCCCCAUGCAAGUCUCGUCAUCCUUCCGAUCCAACACCAACCUCGCCGCCAAAGCGAGUCCCGCGGGGCCCACAGUGCAGCCUCCCAAGCCAUCUCCUCUGAAGAAGAAGGGUGGUAUGUUCAUGCUGGGCGGAUCCUCCGGUGACGAUGAUGAGAGCAGUUUUGAAGAUCGCAUGGCACCCGAGACUGCGCAAAACAACCAAAACAAUGGCGGAUUGAAGGCCACAACCAGCAAUCCCAAUCAGUCUAAGAAGAAGGUGGCUUCCUUCAGCGAUCAUGUGGACACAAUCCGACCACCAAAGAGUCCUCUCCACGGCGACGAGGACGCCAUUGAGACGGAUGAUGAGGUUUCGGAAAGCGCCAUUGAAGACGAUGAGGAUUCUGAUUGGGAAGACUCGGUGACGGAGAGUGGGCGAUCUACACCCGAUGAACGAUCAGAGCUCUUCCAGCGUGUGGAUUCGAGACCUAACCUCGUGUCCCGUCGGUCUCUACUGACCAUGAUGAUGCACCAGCCCGGCAGAAUGCAAGGCAAUGGAUUCCGUUCAAGUCCCGCCCUUCAACGGUCACGUCUGACUUCUCCCAAUGGUCCAUCGAUGCCCGCAUCGCCUGCCGAGCACGAUGAGGAGAACCUCACCAUGCGCGGUCCCGAUGUUCCUCGAUCGAAGCCUAUCGUGAUGAAGCCGCCUCAUCCUCAGUCUGUGGCUCAUUCACCUCGCACCACCCGUCGAAACAUGCUUGCAACUGAGCUCACCGAGUCCCUUCGCCGACAUCUUCUUUGGGAACGCCAGCAGAAGAGUGCGACAGCCAAUGCCUUCCUUAAGCGUCGUCACACUGCCCACGACGUGAAAAACCUUCAGGAAUAUCCCGGCCCUCAGGGACCAGUUCGCCCGCCCGGCGCAGCUGUAGCACCCAUCGCGAAGGAUAACCAGUCCAGCAACCAGGCUAGAGACAAGGAUUCCACGAAAAACGGAUCCUGGUCCAACUACGCGACCGACUACGGCCCAUGGGAAUAUCAUGUCAAGGGAUGGUAA